GUUACCUCUGCGAACAGUUUCCAGCCCUAGCUAAGCGCAUGAAAAUUCGCGCGAAAGGAAGCCAGAAACCUUAAAUCCUUUAUUAACAGUGUAAGUCGCAUCAUGGAACACCAAGAUAAGUCGGAGUUGCAGAAGCGGGAGGUGCGCUCAUUCUUGGUGGCUCGCGAACCCUCCAUCGACCGUCGCUUCCGCCCGCGACCCAACAAAAAGAUGCGUCUGUUUGAACACAUCCAGGAGUCCGAGGAGGAGAGCUUUUCCGAAGGCUCUGACACGGAAUCGGAGUACACGGCGAGUGGCAUCGAUACUGCAUCAACCGCCACGAGCAACGCCGAGACUACGAGCCUGGAGGCAGGGCCGCAAGUCUUUCUGCGUCUGCGCCCCGUCAGCGAAUCCUCAAAGGCGUACUCAAUCUCUGAUGAUGGGAAUGUGCUCAUCACCACCUACAAGGUGGACUCCACCAGCAACAAUGUGAACCGUAUGGAGAAGCACUUUGGCUUCACCUCCAUCUUCGAUAGCUAUGUGGACCAGCGCGACAUCUACGACAUUUGCGUGGGCCCCAGGAUCUGUGAGGAAGAGUGCGUGACCAUAAUGACCUACGGCACAUCCGGCUCUGGGAAAACCUAUACCCUGCUCGGCGAUGAUGUGAGCGCUGGCAUCAUUCCCCGUGCCUUGGAGAACAUUUUCACCAUCUGCAAGGACACGGUGUAUCACUCGCCCAAGUUGAAGCUGAUCAAUGGCUGCAUUGUCUUUCUGCAGGACGACGCCUCCCUCAAGGAGCUGCAAAUCCGCAAGAAGCUGCUGGAUCUAUGUCCUGACAUGGGCGCUCCUUAUCAGCGCCUAAGACAGAUGAUCAACGAAGAUCACACGUUCGAGACGAAGGCGAACAGCGAAGAGUCUGUCCUGAUUUGGGUGUCUUUUGUGGAAAUCUACAACGAACUGGUGCACGACCUUCUGGCCAUUCCACCGAAGCAGACAAAGAUGGCCGAGGGGCCGCGCAAGAACCUGAAGAUCGUGUGCAAUAAGGGUCAUGUGUUUGUCAAGGGGCUGACCAGUGUCUUCGUGAAAAGCAGCGAGGAAGCCUUGAAAUUGCUGCGAUUGGGCCAGCAGCGUUCCACAUACGCCGCCACCUCGGUCAACGCCAACUCCAGCCGAUCGCAUUGCGUCUUCACCGUAGACAUACUGAAAUAUAACCGAUCGGGCAUCACCACACAGAGCUCGUACAAGUUUUGCGACUUGGCGGGCUCCGAGCGGGUAAACAACACUGGCACCACUGGCCUGCGGCUCAAGGAGGCCAAGAAUAUCAACACCUCACUGAUGGUCCUGGGCCGUUGCCUGGAUGCGGCCAGCACGGCCCAGAAGAAGAAGAACGCCGAUGUCAUACCGUAUCGGGACUCCAAGCUAACGAUGCUGCUGCAGUCGGCGCUGGUGGGCAAGGAGAAGUUGGCCAUGAUCGUCACGGUCACUCCUGUGGAUAAAUACUACGAGGAGAACCUGAAUGUCCUAAACUUUGCCUCGAUUGCCAAGAAUAUUGUGUUCAAGGAGCCUGUGAUCAAGCAGCAUCGGAUUAGCUAUGCUGGCUUCAUGGAGUUCUCGAAAAUGGCAGCUGAUGAGGGAGGUAACGAGUACACCAAGGAGCUGGAGGAUGAGGUUGUUUACCUGCGGCUGGAGGUUGAGCGCCUCAAGCACGAUCAUGUGCUGCAAAUGCAGUUGCUGGAAGAGAAGCUGCGCAAGGAGCUUUCGGAAACUUACCAGGAGAUAAUUAAAAACAACAGGAAACAGGCCGAGGAUGAGUGCGAGAAGAAGCUGCUGAUUGCAGGAAGGGAAGCAGACUUUAAGCUCUCUGCCCAAAAGCGUCACUACGAGGAGGAAAUCGAAGACCUCAGGGAUGAGAUUGAGGAACUAAGAAAUCCCAACAGUGGCAGGGAGAGUGGGGAUGACGACCCCGAGGAGUCGGGGUCACCCAUAGAGAUCAUCGAUGACGAUGAGUAGUUUACAUCUUUUUUAAAUUUUAAUCGUUAAAGUUAUGUGUUUUAAUUUGCUUCAUAAUUGUUAAAAAGUGCAUGGAAUUCUCGAAUAAAUGUGUGAAUUUGAAA